UUCCUCUCCGUCUUCAUCUCCUCCUUCUCAUUCCACUUCUCUCUCUCUCUCUCACUCUCUUUCUCUAUGUGAAGAUGAAUUACCAUUCCAAUCUGUUGUUUCUCUUAAUCUCACUGAUUUUUUCAGAUAAUAUCAUUUUAUUAUCUUCUACUUCUUCUUCUGAGAGUGAGUUUUCAUCUUCCUGUUUCGAUGUAACUUCCUUGAAUCCCAAGUCUCUGAAUUCGCAAAAGAAUCAGUCAGCGUCCAGGCCUCGAAAGCCUUCUACUGGUUGUGAGGUUUGGACUAAGGCCUGCUCCGAGGCGGUUUUGGGCUUGGCCCAGACGCCGGAGACCGUCAGUUGGUUGAAGAGCAUGAGGAGGAAGAUUCAUGAGAACCCUGAGCUCGCUUUCGAGGAAGUUAAGACGAGUGAGUUAGUUAGAAAUGAACUGGAUAAGAUGGAGAUUGGAUAUAAGUAUCCUUUGGCUAAAACGGGUAUUCGGGCUUGGAUCGGUACCGGUGGGCCUCCUUUUGUGGCCAUCAGAGCUGACAUGGAUGCUCUCCCUAUUCAGGAAGCUGUAGAAUGGGAGCAUAAAAGCAAAGUUGCAGGCAAAAUGCAUGCUUGUGGGCAUGAUGCCCAUGUUGCAAUGCUGAUUGGAGCUGCCAAGAUCUUGAAGAGUCGAGAACAUCUUUUGAAGGGAACUGUAAUACUGCUGUUCCAGCCAGCAGAGGAAGCUGGGAAUGGGGCGAAACGGAUGAUAGGAGAUGGUGCUCUAGAGGAUGUGGAAGCUAUAUUUGCAGUUCAUGUCUCCCAUGAACAUCCUACUGCCAUCAUUGGUUCUAGGCCUGGUCCUUUGUUAGCAGGCUGCGGCUUCUUCAGAGCGGAAAUUAGUGGCAAAAAGGGGGGUGCUGGGAACCCACACCACUCUGUUGACCCAAUUUUGGCAGCCUCGGCUGCGGUGAUAAGCUUACAGAGCAUUGUAUCUCGUGAAGCAAACCCGCUGGACUCCCAAGUCGUGUCCGUUACCACCAUGGAUGGAGGCAACAAUCUUGACAUGAUUCCAGAAACUGUUGUACUUGGCGGUACCUUCAGGGCUUUCUCCAACGCAAGUUUUUAUCAGCUUCUUCGAAGAAUAAAAGAGGUGAUUGUAGAACAGGCAAGUGUUUUCAGAUGCUCAGCAACAGUAGACUUCUUUGAGCAGCAACACACAAUCUAUCCUCCAACAGUGAAUAGCGAUCACACGUAUGAACAUGUGAGAAAAGUGGCCAUUGAUUUGUUAGGUCCAACUAAUUUCAGAGUGGUACCACCAAUGAUGGGUGCGGAGGACUUCUCAUUUUACUCAGAGGUGGUUCCUGCAGCUUUCUAUUACAUAGGGAUAAGGAACGAGACCUUGGGGUCAACACACACGGGCCACUCACCCUAUUUUAUGAUAGAUGAGGAUGCCCUCCCCAUUGGUGCUGCAACUCAUGCAGCUAUUGCAGAAAGAUACCUCAUCGAGCAUGGCUAAUGGUAAGAAGUGGAAUGUAGCAGCUAGAGGAUUUAGUAGAUUGUCAGAGAGCAAGAGAAUUGCAGUGUCAUUCCUGCUCCUGCUCUCUCAAUUUUUUUUUUUAAUUCCACUUAGGGUGGUGGGGAUCCACUAGAGGGGGGAAGUUUUCCCUUGCCAGUGUAAAGGAUGGAGGGAGAGAAGUGCAUCCAUUGUUGAUUGGUGCUAGCUAGAUGUAAUUACGAUUUCGAUUUAGCUGUUCAAGUCAGUAACAAUUAGCUUGUUAUCUAAUUUUCUUUGUUCAAAACAGUUGUUUAGCGUU